AUGUCGGCCUUGGCGCAUCCCGACUGCACCGGAGAAUCUGGUGGGGAGUCCAGCCUCGCAGCCUUCCUCUCCUGGUGCCGGGAGCGCGGGGUCGAGCACGAUGGCGUGCGGGUGGAGGCGCGCCCAGCGCGUGGCCGCUGCCUCUUCGCGCGGUCCGCCUGCGCGGCCGGGGACGUGCUGCUCCGGGUGCCAGCCGCGGCGAUCGUGGCGGCGGGGCCGCGCGGCGACCACUCGGCCUCGCACUGGAUGCUCUCGCUGGUGUUCCGCCUACUCGAGGAGGACGCCUCUGGUCCAGAGUCCACGUUCGCGCCCUUCGUGCAGAUGCUCUUCGAGACCAUGGUUCAGCGGAGCUUGAGGCCUGGACAGCACUGCCAGGGGCCGCUGGACGCUUGGCGCGCCAGUGGUCGGCGUCCCGCCAAGGAAUUGUCCAAGAGCUCUGCCGGGGAUCCUCGCGGGGCUCAGAGCGCGCGGCGCAAGCCCUCCACGUGGUCGACACCCGCGCGCUGCUGGCCACCAAGUUGA